GAAUUGAAAAAAAUUGAUAGUCAAGAUGGUAAAUUUGGCGAUUAUUCCAAUGAAAGCAAAUUUGUUCAAGAUUCAUUGAUAAAAGUAUUCAGUUUAACUUAUAAAAUACCAGAUAAUAUAAAUGAAACUUUGAUUAGAUGUGCUGGUCAAACUUUACUUGCUAUUGCUAAAUUUACUGAUCUAUUUAAAAAGAAAUUAAUAAAUGAUGAUUCUUUUAAUCAUUUGUUGAAUAAUGAUGAUUUUAUUUUUAUCGGGUGCAUAAUAUUAAGAUUAAUGAAGAUUGAAAUAACAAAUUCAUUUGAAAUGGAUCAUCCAACAUCCUUGCCACUUAGUAUUUCGAAUAAGAGAAGAGGGAUUUUUGUGGGAUUAAUCAGUUCUCUUGCUAAUCAUAGCUGUGUAGCAAAUAUUGGUAAAUGCCAUACAGAUGAUAUGAAAAUCAUAUAUUAUACUUUGGAACCAAUACCUAAAGGAAUGCAGAUAUUUAUAUCAUACAAGCCUCUUUUUUAUUACGUUUCAACUGUGGAUAGGAUAAAAAGCCAAACUUUUUUCCAUUGCGAAUGUCCAGCCUGUAAAAAUAACUGGCCUCCUCUUCUAAAUUUACCAUUUUCAGAAAGUAUGAACUAUGUUUACAGAAAAUCAAUUCACUCAUCUGCAAAAUUGUUGGAUGAAACAAAGAUGACAUUAGAAAUGAUCUCAUGCGUACAAAAAUGGAUGAGUGAUGAGAAAUGCGAUAGGGACACUCUAUCAUCAUUAAAAAAAUUAAUUCAUAAAGCUGUUGAAAAAUUACCACAACCUAAUUAUGCCAGGUGCACCUUAACUGAUUAUUUUUCAAAAAUGAUAUUAAGGUCCAAUAAGGUUUUGUCAGAAGUAUAA